UUUUUCAUUGGAGAUUGGAGAAGGUAUUUUCUAUUUAGAGGGACCCCCAAAAAAUUCAAAUCAAAAUGUCCACAUUAGCAGCCCCAGUGCGAGUAUCGCCCGUAAUCAAGUUCUUCAGGUGGAGUUUCCUGGGCGUCGGAGUGGCAUACGGGGCCUUCAACCAAAGCAGACUGUCCAGAAAGGAAACCAAAGUAAGGGAAAUCGAAGCGAAACAAAAAGCCAUUCGUGAUGUUAAACUUGCUGCAGAAAAGAAAGCUGCUUCUGAAAAAGAGCUCCAGGAGCUUGAAAAAAUGUUCGUCAACUAAACUGAAUUUGUAUAAGUUUUAAGAUUUAUGUAGUGAUAAGUAAUAAAAAAAGUUUUUCUUUAUAGUACUGUCAAUACCCCUAUCUUAUUUUUAAUAAUGUCCUAAGCUUUAUUUUAUCAGGUUCCUAAUUGCAAACUAGCGUUUGAUCAAUUUUACUAGCCACUCCAAUUGAUUAA